CUCACACCGACUGGCUUCACGCAAGAGGAUCUCUGUCAUUCAGUUGAACUUGAUUAAAAUCCCGUUUUCAGACAUGAUGGCAGCACGAAUUUUCCGCCGGGCUCUCCCCGUAGUGAGGCAGGCUCGCUCCUACGCCGAUGUGGUUUCCACUGGCCCGCAGAUGUCCUUCACUUUCGCCUCCCCGACAAAGGUGUUUUUCAAAGAAGCCAGUGUGAAACAGGUUGACGUACCCACACUCAACGGUAUGUUCGGUAUCCUUCCUGCCCAUGUACCCACCCUGCAGGUGCUCCGGCCCGGCGUCGUCACAAUCUUCAAUGAUGACGGCUCUGCUACCAAAUACUUCGUGAGCAGUGGGUCAAUAACAGUCAACGCUGAUUCUUCAGUGCAACUGCUUGUGGAGGAGGCUGCUACUUUGGACGAUCUGGACAUUGAUGCUGCCAAGGCCAACCUGGAGCAGGCUCAGUCUGAAAUGUCCGGCAUUUCUGACGAGGCAGUCAGGGCAGCGGCUCAGAUCAACCUAGAGGCACAUGAGGCCAUCGUCAAGGCUCUCGCAUAGAUCUGUGGUAAUCUUUUCUUUUUCUUUGAUGGAAAUAAAGGUCCAUCUGUUUUGUCACGCCAGUGUCCAGAAGAUUCCAUGCUUGCUUUGUACAGUGGAUAAAAUUACAAAAUAAAUUUAUUUGGAAAUACCA